GAGCAGUGAAAAGGGUGAUGCGGCAGGGAAGACCCCCCCCCCCUUCAAACCGGUGCAGGCUUGAACAAUGCGUGGCGUCUUUCACUGAAAAUACUGAGAGCCUGCAUUAGCAUUUUCUCAUACAAUUGAGGCUCUGGCCAGCUGCAGGCAUGGCUUGGAUGUUGCGGUGAAAUCUUUUUUUUACACCCACUGAUGUAUUAGACCUCUGUGAAAAAGGUUGACUGGCCGCAUUCCUCAACGCCACCAUUGCACCUAUGACUAGCCUAACGUUAAGGUACCCUUACAAGAUUGUACCCCGGUAUUGAUGGCGAUCUGACAGAGGAUUUUACCAGCAGAUCUCAGAAUGGAGGAGGGUGAGUACUUCCUGAAGGUGCUGAUCCCCAGCUAUGCGGCCGGCUCCAUAAUUGGCAAGGGCGGCCAGACCAUCGUACAGCUGCAGAAAGAGACGGGCGCCACCAUCAAGCUGUCCAAAUCCAAAGACUUCUACCCAGGAACCACAGAGCGUGUAUGUCUGAUACAGGGUACAGUCGAGGCGCUGAAUAGCGUCCACAGCUUCAUCGCGGAGAAAGUCCGUGAGAUGCCUCAGAGCGCCCAGAAAACAGAGCCAGUCAGCAUACUGCAACCACAGACCACUGUCAACCCCGACCGCGUCAAACAGGCUAAAUUGAUUGUGCCCAACAGCACGGCUGGGCUGAUCAUCGGUAAGGGCGGGGCCACGGUCAAGGCGGUGAUGGAGCAGUCGGGUGCCUGGGUGCAGCUGUCCCAGAAGCCUGAAGGCAUCAACCUGCAGGAGCGCGUGGUCACCAUCAGCGGGGAGCCCGAGCAGAACUGCAAAGCCGUGGAGAUCAUCGUGCAGAAGAUCCAGGAGGACCCUCAGAGCAGCAGCUGCCUCAACAUCAGCUACUCCAACAUCUCAGGCCCCGUGGCCAACUCCAACCCCACCGGUUCCCCCUACGCCAACUCAGCCGAGGUCCUCCCUAACGCAGCCGCAGCUGCCGCCACUGCCUCCAGCCUUCUGGGCCAGGCCGGCCUGGCAGGAAUGGGCGGCUUCCCGGGCACCAUGUCCAGCUUCUCUGGCAACGACCUGCUGGCCAUCACCUCGGCCCUCAACACUCUGGCCAGCUAUGGCUACAACACCAACACCCUGGGUCUGGGCCUCAACCCCGCUGCCGCCUCCGGGGUCCUGGCCGCCGUGGCUGCUAGCGCUAACCCAGCCGCUGCUGCCGCCGCUAACCUCCUGGCCUCCUAUGCCAGCGAUGCCUCUGGCGGCUCCGGCCACCCCGCUGUCGGCCUGGGCGGCUUCUCCCUGGGCUCGCUGGCUGCCGCCACAGGGGCCUCCAACGGCUACCUGAACGCCUCAUCCCCACUGAUGGCCUCUUCCCUGCUGGCCACAGAGAAGCUGGGAGACGGGGCCAAGGACGUGGUGGAGAUUGCCGUGCCCGAGAAUCUGGUGGGCGCUAUCCUGGGGAAAGGUGGUAAAACGCUGGUGGAGUACCAGGAGCUGACAGGCGCCCGCAUCCAGAUCUCCAAAAAGGGAGAGUUCAUCCCCGGCACGCGAAACCGUAAAGUUACCAUAACAGGGUCGCCCGCGGCAACGCAAGCUGCCCAGUAUCUGAUCAGCCAGCGGAUCACGUAUGAGCAGGGUGUGCGUGCCACCAACCCACAGAAGGUGGGCUAAAUGGGAAAAAAUUGUCAAAUAAAGGAAGGAUGGAGACAGAGAAAAUAAAAGGGAAUCGAGGGUCACGGCGAGGGGGAAAAAAAUGUCCAAAUAUCCGUUCAAUAUUUCAAUAUUAAAAAGAGAAGAUCACAAAGGAGGAAGAGGUGGAGAGAAAACCAAGAUAAGUUUGUGUGAUAUGUGAUUGUGUUUUUAGGACCAAGGUCCUGAUGUUUUUAAAAAGUUGUGAGGAGUCCUUUUGAUGAUGGCGAUUAGAGUAAAGAUGAACUGGUCCACUGCCAAGCUGCAGAUUCAGGGGUGAGCACACGAGUUCACCCCCAUUCAGAAGCCUCAUAGCUGGGUUUGUUUUGGGUUUCAUUCUCUUCCGUUUCUCUCUUCUAUCAUUGUGUGGGUUUUUCAGCUUCAGUUGCAGACCUCCGCUCCAGGUGAGUUGAGAGUCAGUUGAGGUUCCAGACAAGCUGAAAGAGCAGAGAUGGAUGUUUGCUCAUGCCUUUUUCCUUUGAUGUUAACCUUGCUCCAUGUGAACAAAGCAAAAAAGGCCUUGUCUACAUGAGAGAGGUUAAAUGAUGCUCACCAGAGGUCGUCCAAGACCAUUAGGCAUCCAUUUUAAUCUAAAUUCUUAACGGAUAUCACAAUGUUAAUGACAUGCCACUGUAUGAUUCAUAUCAAAAUUAAGAUUUUAACACUUUGGUUGUUAUAAUUAUUUAUUGAAAUAUGUUCUCAUUCAAACACGUAUAGAUUAUUUUAACCUGUGAAUUCGGGUUGAUAUGAAUGUAAAGACAGUAUUAUUGUUAUUUUGUUAUUAACAAGGAUCAAAUGUUGAGUUGCAGUGACAGAUAUGUAUAGUUUUAACCCAGAACUGCACAGUAAUUAUAUAUGAGUGUAGAUCAGGGGUCAAAUGUUCAAUGUGAGAGGAUAGAUGAGACACACAGGAAUGUACACACACAUACACAGGAACACACACAGACAAUCAUUCAUACAUGUAGACCGCCACCCACAUACACACCACUUUUGGUACCACCAAAACAUAACUACAGAUAGGUCUAUAUCUCCUGUAUUACCUGAAUUGAAAAUCCCAAUGGAGAUUGCUCUCCCUCUCCAUGAUUGUGAGAUGCCAAGCGUUGUCCACUCAUCUAUAGUUUACAGGAUUUAGUUCUGCCUUUAUGUGAGUAAAGUAAGACUGGAUUUCAUGCUAUGAUUGUCAGUCUUAACAUUUUACCCCAGUAAAUCAGUUGUCCUUUAGUUGCCAUGGCAAACUGUUUCUUGUACCAUCAUGGGCAGUUUAGAUCCGAAUAACGUAGUUACUGGUUUAAAACCAAUCAUUUUUAUCCUAUUGUCAUAAAUUGGCCCUGUACUUUGAGUUUGCUAGCCGAUAUUGCUCCUUGGGACAUACUCCUACAGUAUGUAGAAAUUUGAUUAAACCCCCAUGGGAAGGAGCAUCGUAUCCGAAAGGGAAGACAGCACUAUAAACAGCUUGAGGUAUGUUACAUUACCUUUUCAAUUGAAGAAAAAUCUAACUAGAAGAGUCCCCCAAGGGAAUGAAGCACUACAAAGCAGUUUUGUUAAGAAAAGCAGUUUGAACCUUAUCUGUGAACAAGAAGACGAUUGCUUUAGAUUUAGGGUGGCUGGUAGUCAAGAGAGACACUAAUGAGAAAGAAAUGGAGUCACCGUGAAACACAUUUGGACUGAAACCAUUUGAAGUUUUUUUGUGAACCAUGCUUCCAAUCAGAGUAAAUACCAAUAUGGAGUCAAACAGUUUAUGCAGUUGGUCAGUCCAACUUGUUAUCUUUACUAAAAAAGACAUUGACACUAGCUUACAUUGAAAAUUGCGGGGGGGGUAAUUGUCUUCUAGAACAUUCUCAAACAAACAAAGAUUACCCUUGCUUGCUUCUGCGCUGCUAUACAUUGGUUUUCAUCCGAGUACACUGGGUCUAUUAUGACUGCACUGUGAGACACAAUGAAGACACAACGCAAAGUGUGCCUGUCCCUUCUUGAGCCAAGUGUUCAUAUUUUGAUGUACAUGUCCAAGAAAUAGGCCUACAGCUGACACGCAUGCAUUGCAUGUUCUAGAGCAAAACCAGCCAAGCAGUGAGAUAAGGAACAUCUCCACAAGAACAUCCAUAAUGUGAUGUCUUGGAGAUGUUUUGGUUUACCAAUAAUAUUGCACAGCAAGAGAGCUGCUAUACAUUCAUAUUAAUGGAAGUCUCUUCUACUGAUGAGUCCAGAGUCAUCGGUCAACCAUAUUGUCUUUUAUUAACCCAAAUGACUCCUACUACAUUUAUUUUCCUGCACAGCAGUCCCUGAAUCUUAUUCUGACCCUCUUUUCCAUUUCACACGUUUAUCCUUAUGCAACCGGAUCUCUGUGAUUGGCUUUCAGUAAUACAGGACCGGAAGGGAUAGCGGCAGAGAAUCAAAGAAAAAGCAACACUCGCUUUUUAUGAGUGAAAUGACAACACCCCUCCUCCACCAUACCUACUCAAUAGUUAUUCUAAGGAAUGUUUGCUUGAGAAAGAAGUUACCUUUACCUCAUCUUACUAUCAACUAUGUGUAUGAGCAGUCCGCAUGGCAUGGCACUAGCCACGAGCCCCAUUAACAUGACUCACUGAAUACACGUUUCCCUUUCAUUGUAUUUCUGAAGGGAUGUGCUGUGACAUAUAACAGUACUCAAUGGUGCACUGGUUAUUUGAAAUGGCACUCCAGUUAAAAUAUCUGUAACUUCCACCCGUGGGGUUCAGAAACCUUCAUAUUUUAGCCCUAACCUCACAAAAUGUUUACGCUGAUUUAAAAUACAAGCACAAAUCAAGGUGAAUUUAAUAAUAUAAGCAAUGCAACUAGACUUGGUUUAGAGGACUACUCUAGAGCUGUCUGAUCUAUACAUUGUCCUCUUUUUCCGUUCAUUACAUUACUUACUUCGACAUUUCUCCCACCCUUCAUAUGGUAUUUUUACUAUAUUUUAGAACGCUCCUAUAUCCAGAUUCCCUUCUCUCUCUCCUCUUCCACUCUGCUCCCCCUCUCUCUUCUUCCUUCUGUCUACUCAUAGGCGCUGAUCGAUAGCAGUUAUGCACUAUAGGUCAUAAGGGUAUGCAAAUAUUUUCACAGCCCAUAGAGUUCAGCAGGCAAAAAUGCACAAAUAACAACUGCCUCCAAACUGUGACACCCCACAAGACCAACAAGCAACAUUGGUUCAAACUACGGUAUCAAAUUCCAUACUAAAAGAAUAACAAGUAGGAUUUAGACAGGCUUACAUUGUAAUCUAUGACCUUUUAGGGGAACGGGAGAGGUUAUGUAUUUUUUUCUACUGGAAAGCAAAAUAAGAAAGCAAAUCUUUGUUCAAUGAGCAAAUGUCUGUUGGUUGACCAAACAGAACUUAUAUUUCAGCCUUUUAACAGGAGUUUAUUUUAAAAAAAGUUAAUGAUAGAGCGCAAGAGAAAGAUGGGAACUCGUUCGUGACCUCAUGCUGAAACAGUGACAUCCUUUAUGCAUAUCCUCUUAUCUGAAAAAUGACUAGAUAUUAAUUUCUGUGGAAUAUGUCAUGUCAACAUGAUGUCUAUGUACGUUAUUGUAGCUAUUCUAGUUUGUAGUCCAAAUGCAGUCCAGCGUCUCGUCGAUACAAUGUGAAACUCUAUGUUAUCUUUGUGUGGAUGAUGAAGAGUGCCAACUAAGCCUGAUUAAGAUUAGCUUCGCUAUUUGUUUGUGCAUUACGAUGACUCAUCAUAUGGCGUCCAUAUUUCUGUCAUUUAGUUUGACCGUAAGAAAAAUGUAAAGAAUAUUGGAAGCAAUAUAGUAGCAUGUUGUCCUGUUUUGUGUUUUGGUUAUGUUUGUCGUAUGAACCUUUGAAAUUACUAAGAUUUUGAAUUAAUAGGUUUACAUGUACUUUUUGUAAAUUAUGAAAAUGCUGCUAUUUGAUAAGUAAAAUAUACAAAACAUUUUAGUUGAAAAGAUGUCUGGUCUGUUGAUUAGAAACAUGCUGUAAAAGACAGGGGCAUACAAUUAGGUGUAUAGAAUACUAUACAGUAUUGGUAAGAUAGUAAUGGUAAUAAUAGACUCUAUAGUACAACCUGUGCCAAACUAGACCUCUGCAGCUUUUGAAAUCGUAGAUGUGCAAUCAAAUGUUAGAUAUCAAUAACUUGUUUAGAAGUGCUGAUCAAGUGCCAAUCAAACAAUGUUUUUAAGUUAAGAAAAGAUAAUCAAAUACAUUACUUAAGAAAACAAAGGAUGGAUAACUGUUUUGUGCAUUGUUUUACCCCAUAGCUACAUAGAGUAAGAGCUAAAGAUUGUGAUUUUUAUGGAUCCAUGUUGUUUUGCACUCCAUGCAUCCCCUGUGUGUUCAUUUGACCUGUGGCUUAAGCACUGCUGUUUUUCACAAAUGUCUCUAUAGGCCAGCAUGGACUUAGCAUAACAUGUUAUAAGCAUUCAUAACAUAGCCAGCCAUUAUCAGACAAAAUGUGUUUCGUGGAGUUAGGUGUUAUCUUUUUGCACGUCUUCUAUUGCAUGGUAUCAAAGUGAAAUAUGGAGGGAAAAAAAUGAAUGCAAAAAAAAUGGAGGUGUUCUCGCAACAUUCAAAGACAUAACGUUGCAUGCAAUCAGUUGUAGAGCACUUACGUUAAAACCGCCUCAUAUUUAAAAAAUGGUUUAUUGUCGUAAGUUGGGAGGGGUUCUAUUAUUGUCAUGUUGGUCCAAAUACAACAUAUUUCAGAUCAAAUUCUCAUACAGUCCAUCUCUUUAUAUUAUUACCGAUAUGAUUUUGUUUUCUUAAGGUACCAUGAGGAGUAUUACAAAUGUGAAACAAGCAAAUGCGAAAAUGUUAGUCAGUGUUAUUCUUGUGUUUUGCUUUCUAGAAUACCAGGCAUGCAUUUUUUAGGAUCAGGUUAAACCUCACAAAACCUGCGUAAUAUUUUUUACGAUUUUUUAUACUACAGCUUGAAUUCCCAGAUCUAAUCUAUGAAUGUACUACCAUUUGCUCAUUAUUUCUGUUGAAUGUUUAUCAGUCUUUAAAUGUGAAUUCAAGGCUGGAAUGUCAACUACAUGUAGCGUUAACAUAUUAUGUCAAGAACCAACUUCAGCUAUAGUCAGGUAGGCCGGACAUGGCCAUAGUCAUAAUCCAGAUAUGUUUCAACAACACUUCAGAUUCGCUGUAAACAUUAUCCUGUAUGUUUGGUGUUGGAUAAAUGCACUUUACUUUUUACAAAUUACAUCUCCUAUUAUUGGAUGUGAAACAAAGCUAACAAUGUUAAUUUUCUGCUGUUUUUGUCAUUCUUUGCUGUUGCUCUGAUGUUGUUUUAGUAAAAAACAAACAAACAAACAAAAAAAUGAAACUUUUUGUGAAUGAUGAGAGGGGUUUGUGUGUCAGACUUCUCUGAAAAGGUGGCACCCGAGACCUCACAAUAUCGAUUCUCAUUUCCUUUCAGCAAAGAUUUGUGUUAAUCGCAAUGAGCAAAUCUCUCUUUGAAGAUAGAAUCCUUUGUUGCUACAUACAUUUUUUUUACUUAUAAAUUAAUGAUAUAUACCCAUUGAUCCUUGAAGAAUAUAACUUAUACAUGCCUCAUAAGCUUAGUUCAACUGUUGUAUCACAGCAGAACCCCAAAUAUACGCUUGUUUUACUCCAAUGUUUGCUAACAAUGUAGAUGUAAACAAAUGCUUUAUAGCCUCAAAACAUGGUUAAAACUAAAAUGUUAAUAUCAUGCAUGGUCAGUCCUUGCAUCCAUGGCUCUGUCUAUGAAUUUGAAUUGUUACAUUUCUCCAAGCCCAUCCCUCAGCUUUGUAAUUUCUUCAAUUAAGGAUUCUAGAUUUAAAAGAGGGAGAGGGAACUUAAGAGUGGAACUGUUCCACCUUGUCAUGUUGCAUUCUGCUGCCUUGAAGUCUAGCGGUGGGAGUAUUUUUAUGAACAAAUUGGCAAUGAAAGCAUGGUAAACCUCAUACAAUGUCUCUAUGUGCUGUUAUCAGAGUCCAUGUUUGUUACGUUACAGAAUGCUAUCCCAAGGUCUCGCUGAUAUAAUAUUAGAUCAGAGACAAAUACAGCACCGGAAAAAUGUGAUUGCUUCGGUCCUACCGCUGUCAGUGUUGGUGUAUUUGACGACAACAACAUUUUAGAACCCUGUGUAACCUAAAAUGGCCUAACUACUUUACCACAUGCAUGCUUUGAGUAUCUGUCUCAUUCUUCUGUCAUGCACUGCUACUAACCCCCACCACUGUUCUAACCUCUCCACUACUGAGUGCCAAACUAAGUCAACACCAUUCCAAACAUUUCAAAAAAUAUAUUAUUUAAAAAAAUAAUCAUCUGCAUAUUCACCUAACCCCCCCAAUGAUCCUCCUCGGGGUGGAUUCCGUUGAACUAUCAGACACAGGACUAAGACGGUUCAGGCUGCUUGCCCCCGCUUCUACUCAACUCUCUUCAUCAUCUUUUCAGCCUACAUGACAUUACGAUUAUGUGUGGUGUUGUGUCUGGCACCUUAUCUUUGAUCCUUUUUUGACCCUCCCAUUAACUUAGUUGACCUUAUCCACCCUUUGUGUGUUUUAUUAUUUUGACCCCAGGUUUAUUGCCAAACUUUGCUGAGACUACAACUGUAUGAAUUUUCAUUUUGUUUGUUUGUUUUCUUGUCAUCCGGAUAAUUCUGAAGGGUUGAAAGUUAACUAAAAUGUUGAUUGAAAAAAAGCAUGACAAUGCUUUGCACACCUCUUUGGCUCCAUUGCAAAUAUUAUUUUGGGUUAGGUUUUUAAUUUUGUAAAACUCUUUUUGUUUUUCCAUUUCAAGAAAUGGACUGUCAGCAUAAGUUAAAUGUUAUUCAAAACUAACAAGAGUUUUGUCAAUCUGAAUGACUAGUGUCUCUAUAUUAAGACAGAGAAGAUACCAUUUGAAAGUUUAGGCCUCACUUGUCCUUUGACUUAAGCAUUUUCUUGGAUGCCUUUACACAGACACAGUCUCAAUCUGAAAGAUACAAGGGCAACACUGUCUUUCCUUGAGCCAUUUCAGUGAAGUACGGAUGGGAGCUUUUUAAUCGAGAUAUUUGCCAAUACAAGUGCCAAAUGAAAUCUCCAUUAAGCCAAAAGCCAGCCAGCCUACACACUGAAGCUGUGGUAGCACUGGGAUGGUACACUUCCCAAUCCCAUUUCUCCCAGAAAACACUUCAUUGUUUGACAUUUGACAUGACAUGCCACUAUUUUUAUAUGCUGCCAGUCUAUUUACUGCUUUCCUCAGUGAAACAUCUCAGAAGCAGUUCCUUUUAUAACGAUACACUGUUGAUUAAUGACAACAGCAACUAUGAAAAGGGAAUGAAAGGAUUUUUAAAGUGUCAUUUUUGUGAACUUUUUUUAAUUAUUAUUAUAAAUUUAUCUGAACAUCAUUCAUUAAUAGAUUUAAGGGUAAUGACUAUAUAAUGUAACUGUAGUAUUGUGUUUGUAAAAAAAAAUCUGUGAGUUGUGUUUUAUGACUCGUGGACUACCAGUGAAGUCAGCAUUUCAGUGUUAAUAUAUUGAAUUGUUUUUUAAAGAUUAUUUUUGCGAAGGCAACAGCAACAAAGAGUCAUUAUAAAUGUUCAUUUUAGCAUCA